UCGGGUGUAAUUUUAGCCCUACCAUUGUAGAUGAGGCUUGAAAAAGGUUUAAGACGAAAAGAAAGGGGGAUUUCACUAGAGAAAGGCAGAAACUCUACAGAUGUCUUCCAGUAAUGACAAGGUUUCUAUUCCAAUGUUAAAUAAAAACACCAAAGACCCUCCAUCAAUGACCUCCAGUGACCUGAAGACAUCUACUGAAGCUAUUGUGCUGAGUUUUCAUAAUAUCAGCUAUCAAGUAAAAGUACAGAGUAGUACUCUACUGUUUUGGAAGUCAGAAAUGAAAUCAAUACUAUCGAAUAUCAGUGGGAUCAUGAAACCUGGCCUCAAUGCUAUUAUGGGACCCACCAGUGCAGGCAAAUCUGUGUUGUUAGAUGUCUUAGCUUCAAGGAAAGAUCCACAUGGAUUAUCUGGAGAUGUUUUGAUGAAUGGAGAACCUCUUCCUGCAAACUUCAAGUACUGUUCUGGUUAUGUGGCACAAGUUAGAGGUGACCUUCUCCAUGGCCUGUCUGGAGCAGAAAGGAAAAGGACCAGUAUCGCCAUGGAGCUGAUCACUGAUCCUUCCAUCUUGUUCCUGGAUGAGCCCACCAAUGGCUUAGACUCUAGCACAGCACACAGCAUCCUUUUACUCCUGAAAAGGAUGUCUAGGGAAGGACAAACAAUCAUCUUCUCCAUUCGUCAGCCUCGAUAUUCCAUCUUCAAGAUGUUUGAGAGUAUAACCUUAUUGGCUGCAGGAAAACUAAUAUUCCAUGGCCCUGCACAGAUGGCUGUAGAGCACUUCACAUCAGCAGGUUACAACUUUGAUAACUAUACCAACCCUGAAGAUUUCUUCCUGGAUGUCAUUUAUGAAGUCUCAACUACUGUGGAAUCAGAAAACAUGGAAGAAGACCACAAAUCUGAGAAGAUAGAAGAGUUUCCUGGGAGAGAUGAGCCACUCAUACAAAACUUAGCUGCAUUAUAUGAUAGCUCCUGCUAUUAUCAAGGUAUAAAAGCUGAACUGGAUCAACUCUCAGAUGGUCAGAAGAAGAGCUUAGCUUUCAAGGAGUCCACUUAUGCUACCUCCUUUUGGCACCAAUUCAGAUGGAUUAGCUGGCGCUCAUUGAAAAACUUCCUGGGUGAUCGCAAAACCUCUAUAGCUCAGAUCAUUCCCCCAGUUAUAGAGGGACUGAUUAUGGGUGCCUAUUACCUUGGGAUAAAAAAUGAUUGCACUACAAUCCAAAAUAGAGCCUGGAUUUUCUAUUUGUUGAUAGUCUCCAUUUUUUUUACCUACUGGUCUGCGGUGAAACUCUUUCUGGGAGAGAAAAAGCUCUUUAUCCAAGGACCAGGGAAAAUCAAGUUUGUGGGGCUUGCUAUCAAGUUAAAAGAGCUCCAAGUUUGGGAUUUGAUCAUCAAAUCUCAGUGCUUCAGAGGAAGCAGUGAUAAAGGAGCCAAAAAGUCUUCAUUAAUUUCAAGGGGCUUGGAAGAGAUUAAGCAGUGGAUCCAUCAGCAAAUUAGAGUUGGAAGGACAAUGAAAACUGGACUGAAGCCAACAGUGGGGGCUUUCUUCAUUAUGUUGCUUACCCUUUUGAUGGUGGCUUGUUCAGCUGAUUCUCUGGCACUGGCCAUGACAAUAGAUCAGACUGUGCUGCUGUCCUUACUAGGAUUUCUCAUGGGCAACUACUUUCGGGUUAUGGUGAUAUAUUGGUUUAUGGUGGUAUUUUUUGGAAGUACUUGGUCUCGGCUCUCAUGGCUUCAGUACGUCAAUAUUCCAUUUUAUGGCCUGACGGCAUUACAACAUAAUGAAUUCUGGGGGCAAAACUUCUGUACACAACUCAAAACUGGAGGCAGUGGCUGUCUCAACUAUGUAAUAUGUACUGGUGAAGAAUUCUUGACAACUCUGGGCAUUGAUAUUUCACUAUGGAGCUUGUGGAAGAAUCAUGUGGCUUUGGCUGUUGUAAUGAUUUUCUUCUUCACAGUUGCUUUUUUAAAAUUGUUAUUCUGUAAAAAAUAUUCUUGA